AUGACGUUGGAAGUCCUCAAAGCCGUGAUCGAAAGCGACUCCAACAUUCCUCCGCCCGCCCAGAGACUAGUUUACAACAACCAGCUGCUCAGCAACGAUGCCCAGACGCUGGAACAAGUCGGGAUUCAAGAAGGGGACAUGCUCCUAGUGCAUGUGGCCAUGAGCCGCCCGCAGCCCGGAGGAGGAGCUCCAACAACCCGGUCACUUGGCGGUCCUUCGUCGAGCACCGCAGCAAAUCCGCAGGCCUUCCAGAGACAAGUGGCGUCGCAGCAGCAGCCCAUGUUCGAUACCGAGACGCUACGUCUAAACCUCCUCGGCGACCCGCGGGUCAUGGAGACUGUCCGCCGUCAAAACCCAGAACUCGCAGCGGCCGCAGACGAUGCGCGACGGUUUCAGGAAGUGCUACUGUCUCAGAAGCGGAGGGAGCAAGAACUCGAGCGGGAGAAGGAAGCAAAGAUCGCGGCGCUCAACGCCGACCCGUUCAACGUGGAUGCUCAACGAGAGAUUGAAGAGAUUAUUCGACAGCAAGCGGUCACGGAGAAUCUGCAUAACGCGAUGGAACACCACCCAGAAUCCUUUGGUCGCGUGACUAUGCUGUACAUCCCCGUUGAAGUCAACGGACAACCGAUCAAAGCCUUUGUCGACUCCGGCGCUCAAGUCACCAUCAUGUCACCCGAGUGUGCAGCAGCAUGCAACAUCAUGCGUCUCGUUGACCGACGAUACGGCGGUAUCGCGCAGGGAGUUGGCACAGCCAAGAUCAUCGGACGCGUGCAUUCGGCGCAGCUGAAGAUCGGGUCUAUGUUCCUGCCUUGCUCGUUCACGGUGAUGGAAGGGAAACACAUCGACUUACUCCUCGGUCUUGACAUGCUGAGACGCCACCAAGCCUGCAUUGACCUGAAGAAGGGCGCCCUGGUCAUCCAAGACCAGGCCGUACCAUUCCUCGGCGAAGCAGAAAUCCCCAAGCAAUUCCAGGACGAAUUCGAGGAUGAGCCGCUCAUUCGAGGAGCUGACGGAGCUCAGAUUGGCGCUCGCUCUGGAGCCAUCACGCACCAAGCUGAAAAUGCGCCUACGUCUGCAUCAGCACAGCAGCAGCAACAGCCAAGUCAAGGCCGAACAUUAGGCGAUGCUGCUACAUCCUCAUCCCGUUGGUCAGCGAGCUCAAUAAGCAAAAUCACAGAACUCGGAUUCAGUCGUGAACAAGCUAUAUCGGGGUUGGAUGCUAGCAACGGCAAUGUAGACCAAGCCGUUGAGUUUCUACUCGGGGGAUGA